UCAAUUAUCGGUAUCAAGAAAUAAUGAAACGCAGUUAUCGUUUUCCGCCCGAUGUAAUUAAAUAAUAAAUAUUUUAAAAACAAUGCCAGAAAAUGCUUCUCUGGAGCAGUCGCUGAAGAGCAUGCGGACCAGUCUGAAUGGCAGCACAUUUGGACAACGACGCGAGGAUAUCUUCCGACGACUGCAGGAAACUGCGCAUCAAAUCUCCCUCGAAUAUGCUGGCAAAGAAUUGGCCACCGAGCAGGAUGAAUCUGUGCAGGAAUUCUGCGAGGCCCUGGAGGAUCUGCUCAGCUAUGGCCUGCGGCAGUCCAUCAGCGUGACCUUCAGUGCGGCCAGCUUUAUCCAGAACAUGCAGGAGAUUAUGAGUGGGAGUAGCAGCGGCACCAACAGCAAUGACCCCACUUUUUGGGACUUUUGCCAAUCGCACCUAACGCCGCAUGAAAGACAACGCUACAUGGAACUGAAGCAGAUAUGGACAAAGACGGGACGCGGGCGGGCCUUUAUCCGAUCCACACUCAACGAGAAGCGACUGCAGAGUCACGUACUUACCUGGUUGAGCGACGAGGAGCAGCUGCAUCGCUACUACACACCGUGGUCGCUGCUGCUCAACGAAGAGGCUGCCAAGAAGCUGCCCGAGAUUCUGGACACUCUCAAGGAUGUGUUGUUCGCCCUCCAAGUGGACACAACGGAACUGAAUGCUCCCAAACGGUCGACGGCAGCCGUUCCGGGCAAGGAGGAGCCCAUUAUAUAUGCCCCAAAUCCAGUACCUGUGGCAGCGCGUAAACAGAGACGCACUGUCAAUGCUGUGGAGCGUCCCAUCGAGGGGGCCAGCUCCACCGAAGAUCUGUUGGGUGCGUUCUCGCCUAGAGAAUCGCUGGAGGUGCAACAGCUCGUGUCCAAAGAUGCCGUGGAGGAGGAGUUGUCGAGACUGACAGCCGACAAUGGAUCUACCGCCCCGUAUGAUCCGAUAGAACCAGAGCUGGAAUUCCUUAAAACUCCCUUGCCAGAUAUCCAGCCCACAAACCAUCAAGCUGCCAUCGAUACGGAGUUUGAGGACCGCAGCGACACCUCAUCCCAGUGGAGCAAGUCCUCCUCAUCGGCCACCUGCUUGGCCAACACGCAACAGCAAGUGGCGCUGGAGGAGCAGAUGAAUCUUCUCACCGAACGCUGUGCCCUGCUGGAGACCCGCGUCCAGGAGCUAAAACUACAGAACCGUCAGUUGGUGCGUCGCCUCACCAGGCAGUUCGAAGAAACCGGCAUUGAUCCAUCCUCAUCGUUUUGCUCCAACUUCCUGAUUACCAUUCCACAUGUGAAGCUUACGAAGUCCCAGCGCUCGGGCUCCCACUACACCUACGAGAUACACAUAACGAUGCGGCAGCGGCUGGAGCACUGGACGCUGUUUCGACGCUACAGUGAUUUCAAUAAGCUGCACAAGUCCCUGAUGCGUACCCAUCCGGUGGUCAGCUCUGUGGAGUUUCCGCCCAAGAAGCAUUUUGGCAAUAUGAAUCUUGUGUUUGUGGAGGAACGGCGGCAGCAGUUGCAAAUCUAUUUGUUGAAUCUGGUGGAGACAUUGCCACAGGUGGAGGCUUGCAAAUCGAAGGCGGAACUGCAGAAAGCCUUUCCCUUCUUCAGGGAUAGAUAGCAGCAGAUGAAGGAACCAACCAAGGAAGCUCUAAAACAACAAGUAUUCACCUUAUAUAAUUUCUGUUUUGUUAUGGAAGAUCUUUGCUUAUAUGUGUAAUAACGGAGUUUUGAUCCAACUGUGCUGUAAAGAAAUGAUAUUAUUUAUAAUAAUAAAUUAAUAAGAUUCAUGUAA